GGUGCUCCUGGGGCGAUGAAGUUGAUGAGAGGUUGUCUUCUGGCCGUGGCCUUGCUCAGCUGUCUGGCUGGUGCUCAGUAUCCCGAGCAGAUACCUCAGCAGAGGCCCCCGCUACCUGAGCAGAGGCCCCCACAGGUUGCACGGACACCCUGGAGGAUCCCUGACAGGCACGCGACGUACCCUGAGAGGCGCCGGGUGUUAGAGGAGAGGCCCCCUCAGUUCCCCGAGAGGCCCCAGACGUUCUCUCAGACGUCCUCACAGUCCCCUCAGUUCCCUCGGCCACACCCCAGUGAUCGCCCGCUCCCAGAUCGAAUGCAACAUUGCUUUGUGAGUGAGGACGACAGGAUAACGUGCGGAGCUCCGGGCAUCACCGGCCCAGACUGUGAGGAUAUAAACUGUUGCUUUGAUGGAAGCAGGUGCUAUUACGGCAAACUCGUGACUCUUCAGUGCACCAAGGACGCCCAGAUCAUCGUGGUGGUGGCCAGAGACGCCACUGUCCCAAACAUCGACUUGGAGUCGAUUCAUUUCCAGGCAAAGGGCGACAUGUGCAAACCUGUCGGCGUCACUUCAGCUUUCGCCAUUUACCAGUUCCCCGUCACGGCCUGCGGCACCAGCCUCAGGGAGGAGGCUGGUGUCUUCAUCUAUGAUAACCGGAUGUCAUCCAAAUCGGAAGUCUCGAUUGGACCCUUCGGCAUGAUUACCAGGGACAGCAGCUAUGAGCUGAUUAUUCAGUGUAGAUAUAUUGGCACCUCAGUUCAGUCCUUGGUCGUCGAGGUCGGUAAAGUUCCUGAACCUCUCCCAGUUGCAGCUUUUGGACCUCUGGACGUGGAGCUAAGGGUUGCCAACGGACAGUGCACUGCCAAGGGAUGUCUGGAAGAGGACGUCGCCUACAACUCCUUUUACGUGGACUCCGACUACCCUGUGACGAAGACGCUCAGGGAUCCUGUGUACGUUGAGGUCCGGAUGCUGAAAAGGACCGAUCCCAACCUCGUGUUGACUCUUGGAAGAUGCUGGGUGACUUCUAAACCCGACCCUCAGAGUAUGCCUCAGUGGGACUUGCUGGUCGACGGCUGCCCGUACAGUGAGGACCGUUACCGGACGGUCAUGCACUCCAUGUUUUCCACGACGGAAGUCUCGUACCCAUCCCACCACAAACGUUUUGUUUUCAAGAUGUUCGCAUUUAUAUUUUAUGAAAUAAUACCGACGGGACCUUCUUCGGGCCAAAGGGCAUUAUUUUAUUUGAAAGAAAAUCUGACUAUCCACUGCGAGACAGCUGUGUGCCGGCCCGGUCUCGGGUAUGAUUGUGAACGCACGUGCAACAGAAAGAGGAGAGACGUUGCUGCUUCAGGCCUGAGAGGCUCCAGAGAGGAGACGGUCCUGGUCAGCAGUAAGCAGAUCGUCAUCACCGGCCCAACAGAAACAGUCCGUAAAAACAUACAAUAACCUGUAAUAACAUGUAAUAACAUGCAAUAACAUGCAAUAACAUGUAGAAACAUGUACUAACAUGUAAUAACAUGCAGUAACAUGUAAUAACAUACUAUAACAUGUAUUAACAAGCACUAACAUGCUAUAAUAUGAAAUAACAUAUAAUAACAUGCAAUAACAUGUAAAAACAUGUAGCAACAUGUAAUAACAGGAAAUAACAUGCAAUAACAUGUAAAAUCAUGUAAUAACAUGCAGACAGAACUUUACCAUGAAACUUUUGUUCCAGAUGUUUAAUAAAUGAGUUUCAAAUAAAGCUCUUUUGUGAA